AUGGCUAGAAGAAAGGAUCUUUCUUCCUUUGAGAGGGCAGCCAUACUUCAAUUUCUUCUUGAAGGGAGCAAAAACGGCAAACCGGGCAGAGGGAAGCUCACUGCAGCGGUGCAAAAGUGGAAGAGUUCCCGCCGGACCAUUAGUCGACUUUGGGCAGCUGCAAAAAAGCAAAAAGAUCGUGGUGAGGUAAUUAGUUGUUUGAGUAAAAAACCUUCAAAUCCAAGAAGAAAAAGGGUAGAAAUUGAUUUAGGAUUAAUUGCUAGCAUAGACUUGACAAAAAGAUCUACAAUUAGAAGGCUAGCAUGUGGGAUUGGAUGCAGUAAAACAACAGUUGGCAGGUGGAUUCAAUCCGGGCUGAUCAGAGCACAUACAAAUGCAAUCAAGCCUGAUCUUACGGCUCCAAACAAGUUACUUAGGCUACGGUUUUCCUUAGAAGCUCUAGAAUGGGAUAGGAUUGUUAGGAGUUUGUCAUUUAAAAGCAUGCACAACACAGUCCACAUUGAUGAAAAGUGGUUUUACAUCACAAAAACAUCACAGAGGUUCUACCUCACCCCUGAAGAGACAGAACCGCAUAGGACAUGCAAGAGCAAAAAAUUCAUCCAAAAAGUCAUGUUUAUGUGUGCUCUGUGUCGGCCAGUGUUUGAUGAUGAUGGCAGCUGCUUGUUUGAUGGGAAGAUUGGAAUAUUUCCAUUCACAGAAUUAGUACCAGCCAAAAGGAAGAGCAAAAACAGGGCUGCAGGGACAAUGGAGCUCAAGCCCAUACAAAGCAUCACAAAAGAAGUUGUGAAAGAUUGCUUUAUAAACAAGAUUGUUCCUGCUAUUAAAGCAAAAUGGCCAGCAAAUGCUAGCAAAACCAUCUACAUACAACAAGAUAAUGCUAGGCCUCACAUACAGGACUCAGACCCAGAUUUCAGAGCUGUUGCUUCAGCAGAUGGAUUUGAUAUUCAUUUGAUAAAUCAACCACCAAACUCCCCAGACACAAACAUCAAUGAUCUGGGGUGGUUUAGGGCAAUUCAGUCCCUACAAACUGAAUCAGUUUGUAACAGUGUAUCAGAUCUUGUGAAUGCUGUUAAAGGGAGGAAUAGCUACAAAAUUCCUCAUAUGAGGAAGGAUGCAUUAAUUAGGCAGGAUAUGCUCCCAUUGAAUCUCCAAGUUCCAAGUGAACUUGUUAGGGAGUGCAUAUCUUAUCUAAUUGAGCAUGGAGCACUAUCCAUAACUGACUCAUUAAUGCAACAGUUGGGAGUGAAUGCAGGAUGCACAAAUGAGCUUGAGGUGAUGGUGCAUAACCUUCAAAUUCAAGGUCAUGAAGGUUUGUGA